AUUCCGCUCCACCAUUGUACUUUUAGUUGCCUCGCUCUCCUUCACCAUCUGACACACAUUCGAUAUCCAGAAUCACCUCAUCUCGCCCGACCCGAUUCACGCCACGCCACGCCACGCCAAUCGCUCCAGUCCUCUUCCCUACGUCUCCUCCGCCUCCUUCUCCUCGUCGCUUACACUGCGCUGGCCUACGGUCGUUGCGGUCAGCACCUUCUCCGACAUGAAUGCCGAAACGGUGUUGCACAGCCGGCCAGAGGGCACACGGCGACUGGCAGACAAGCUCGAGAAGCCCUUGCUCGAUAAUCGAUCAUAUCGUGUGAUUGAGCUGCCGAACAAGCUGGAGGCGCUCUUGAUCCAUGAUCCCGACACAGACAAGGCUUCGGCCGCAAUGGAUGUGAAUGUGGGCAGUUUAUCAGACCCAGAAGAUAUGCAGGGAAUGGCACAUGCGGUCGAGCACUUGCUGUUCAUGGGCACAGAGAAAUAUCCGGGCGAAAACGACUACAACUCAUAUUUGACCAGAUAUGGCGGCAUGAGCAAUGCUUUCACAGCUGGAACUAGCACAAAUUACUACUUUGAGCUUUCGGCGUCCUCAAAAUCGAACAGUACCAAGUCGUCAGCCAACACGAGCAAAUCGAGCCUGCUGUCAGUGCCCAAGGAAGAAGCACCACUGUACGGUGCUCUCGACCGCUUUGCGCAGUUCUUCGUCAAGCCACUGUUCAGGGAAGACUGCUUGGAGCGUGAGCUACGUGCCGUGGACUCGGAGAACAAGAAGAACUUGCAGGCAGACAAUUGGCGCAUGAUGCAGUUGACAAAGAGCACAGCGGGCAAAGAGCAUCCGUAUCACCUGUUCUCGACUGGCAAUUACAAGACAUUGCAUGACGACCCUCUAGCGAGAGGUGUCAAGAUACGAGACGAAUUCAUGAAAUUCUACCAGAAGAACUACUCGGCAAACAGGAUGAAGUUGUGCGUGAUAGGACGAGAGAACUUGGAUGAGCUACAGCAGUGGAUCGAAGAGUUGUUUCUGAAUGUGCCCAACCAGGAUCUGCCCAAGCUGCGAUGGGACAAUGUGCCAGCCUUGACAGAGAAGGAGCUGUGUACCCAGAUUUUCGCCAAGCCCGUGAUGGAUCAGCGCAUGAUGGACCUGUCGUUCCCAUAUCCGGAUGAGGAGGACCUAUAUGAGUCGAUGCCUGGACGCUAUCUGGGACAUUUGAUUGGCCACGAGGGACCGGGCAGCAUUCUAGCAUAUUUGAAAGCCAAGGGGUGGGUGACGGAGCUCAGCGCAGGCUCCUCUUCUGUCUGCCCUGGCACCGCCUUCUUUUCUGUUGGUAUACGAAUGACGCCUCAGGGGCUCGAGAACUACCGCGACAUCAUCAAGACCAUCUUCCAAUACAUCGCCAUGCUGAAGUCAGAGCCUCCGCAUGAAUGGAUCACACAAGAGACUGCCAAGCUCGCCGAGAUUGAAUUCAGGUUCAAGCAAAAGAGCCCGGCUUCCGCAACGUGCAGUCAUAUGAGUGGUGUCAUGCAAAAGCCACUUCCUCGCGAGUGGUUGCUGAGCGGGCAGUACCUGAUCCGCAAGUACGAUCCCGAAGCCAUCAUUCGAGGGCUUAGCGCGCUGCGUGCAGACAACUUCCGGUUUACAAUCUCUGCACAAGACUUCAAGGGCGACAUGGCCAAUUUCGAUCAAAAGGAGCAGUGGUACGGUACCGAGUACAAGCUGGAGAAGAUCCCGCGCGACUUUUUGCAGGAGCUGGAGGCAGUGGCCCAAGGACCACAUCUCGCUGAGCUACAUCUCCCGGCCAAGAACGAGUUCAUUCCACAACGGCUCGAUGUCGAGAAGAAAGAGGUCGCCUCUCCUGCACUCACGCCGAAGCUGAUCCGCAACGAUUCCAACGUACGACUGUGGUGGAAGAAAGACGAUCAGUUCUGGGUGCCCAAGGCCAAUGUUUACGUGUGCCUGCGCUGCCCGAUCGGGUACAUGAGCGCCUACACCGUUGCCUUGUCAUCACUCUUCAAAGACCUUGUAGACGACAGCUUGACAGAGUAUGCGUACGAUGCCGAGCUGGCUGGUCUUUCAUAUGACUUGAUGCGUGUUACCACUGCAUUCGAGGUCCAGGUGAGUGGCUACAACGACAAGAUGCACGUCUUGCUCGAGAAAGUCUUGAUUACGAUGCGAGACCUCGAAGUCAAAGACGAUCGAUUUGAGAUACUCAAGGAGCGCAUGAUGCGCGUCUACCAAAAUUUCGAACUCCAGGAGCCAUUCCGGACGAUUGGACGCUACACUUAUCAGCUGUCCAAAGAACGUACAUUCAGUCCAUCAGAACUCUUGGCCGAACUACCCAACAUCACGGCAGAUGAUCUGCGCAAAUUCAUCCCUUCGCUCAUGCGCCAGAUGCAUAUCGAAAUCAUGGCUCACGGCAACGUCUACAAGGAGGACGCGUUGCGUAUAGCAGACAUGGUCGAGAAGACGCUCAAGCCACAUCCACUACCACCUUCGCAGUGGGAAUCUCAGCGCUACAUUGAGCUGCCAGAAGGUACAAAUUUUGCGUGGCAGAAGAUACUCAAGAACCCGAACAACGUCAAUCACUGUCUGGAUUAUUCCAUCUUUGUGGGCGAGGCGAGCAAUCGACAGACGCGCGCUAAGCUGCUUCUCCUGGACCAGAUGCUCCACGAGCCGGUCUUUGAUACGCUUCGUACACAAGAGCAGCUCGGCUACAUCGUCAAUGGCUCAAUGACGAUCCUGGGCAACAAUACCGCGUUCCGUUUUCUCAUCCAAAGCGAGCGGGACUGCGAGUACUUACUGAAGCGUGCUGACAUCUUCUUGGCUCGAUUCGAGACGACCUUGAAGGAAAUGACAGACAAAGAAUUUGAGGAGCACAGAGUCGGCAUCAUCAACAAGCGUCUCGAGAAGCUUAGAAACUUGACUCAGGAGAGUGGCAGACUGUGGCAUCAUGUUGUCUCCGAGGUGUUUGAUUUCGAGCUCGUUUAUCGGGACGUCGAGGUGCUCGAAACGCUCACCAAGAACGACAUUCUGGAAAUGUAUGCGAAACGCUUCAGCCCACACUCGCCGGCACGAUCAACCUUCGCCACACAAUUGGUGGCGCAGUCCUCGCCGGCAGACAUUGCAGCCAAGACUACAGAUUCCGAAAAGUGCGAGAAACUUGCGGACCAAGUCCUGGCAAUGCUCGCACAGGGGGGUCUGCAAGUAGAGCCAGCAGAUCGCACCAAGCUCGUCACAGAAUUGGAGAAGAUUGAUGUCUCUACCGGGGACGUGCAAAGCAUUCUCAAUUCCAUCGGCAUUUGGCUGCUUGCCGUUGGGCUCAACGAGGAGAGCACGAAGAUGGUGCUUGCGCAGGGCGCGCAGGCCCUGCCUCAGCUCUUACCUGCGGCGGGCAUUAUCCCGGCGACGGAAGCUACGAAAGAGCCCAAUGGCAGCAAUGAACAUGUCGACACGAGUGGUGUUCCAGAGAUCAAGAGAGUGCUCGUGGAAGAUGUCAAGGCCUGGAAAGCUGGGCUACCGCUCGCUCCCAUCCCUCUGCCUGUGAAAGACAUAUCAGAAUUUGAGGAGCUUGAGCCAAAAUUAUAGCUGCGACAGCUUCUCGAUUCAUGCCGCAGAAGAUAACAAGAGGUCCACCCACUGCGCGGAUACUGUGUACAUGAGUGGGAGCACUGUGAGUGGUGCGAUUUCGAGCGAGGUGUUGUGGGAUAUCUGCUUCGAGCUACAACUACACACUAGACUAGGUACGCUAGCUGGGCACUGUUGCCUCUGUGGACUGGUCUCCAUCUACGCAGUAGACGCUGAUGCAAGCACAAACAUGCCAUGAACAUGCGCAGUGAGCUGCUUGCGCCACUCUGCGCCUCUUCUUCCAUUUGAAAAAAUUCUCUCUUUGCAUCUCUGUUACUCACGACACAACGUCUCGAUGAUUAUUAUGAUGGCAUGUACACCACUCGUACCCUAGGCCAUCCACUUGGUCGUUACAGAAGGAGCGGGCUGAUAGGAUGUGUUAUCCGAUGAAUGACAGAGACAGGUCGAGAUCCGAAAUGACUGUUUACGAUAGGCCCAGACUGUGGCUUUACCAGACUCGUUUCCGCACAUUCACGACCAAGUCACCCCCGGGCGCCAGAGCACCUGAGCCCGGAUAAGCUCGUUGAAUGCCGGGAAACUGGGUGCAUGGCUGCUUGUUCUCGUCCACGUAGCCCAUGACGUCGAAGUCGAAGCGGGACAGGACAAUGGCCACGGCGGCAAUGGCCUCUUGUUUGGCAAAAAUCCUGCCCGGACAAAUCGUCUUCCCACCGCCAAAUGGGAAAAAUUUGCCUCCGGGUUUACUGAACACGAAAGUGGGCGAGCCGGUUUUGGGAUCGGUGACGAUGAAUCGUUCGGGAUCAAAGACGUCCCAUGGGACUUUUUCGGUCCAACUCUCGUCGUGAUGGGGAAUGUAUGAGGGUGCAAAGACAUUGUCUCCUUUGCGGAGUUGCACUUGUGUCUUUCCGUCUUCGUCCAGAGGUAAAAUUAGGUCUUCGGGCAUGGUCCGUACCACCAGUAAAUCGGAAUAUAAUCGCAAUGCUUCAAUCCAGAUACUUUGCAGUAGAGGUUGACUCACCAGUUGAAUCACAUCCAACGACCCAUCUUCUGGCCGGCGAGAGGCUUGAAUUUCCGCCAACACUCGUGGAAGCAGAUUCGACGAUGCUGCUGCUGGAUUGAGAAUUUGCAUUAGCAUCCAACCUGUCGCAGGAAUCACAUUCGUCGCCAAUCCAAACGUUAUCCCCGCAUCCAAUUUCGCUCCCGAACUAGAAUUCAACCCUCGAAUUUUAUAAUCCAUCUGUCGUGCCCGAUUCAAUCGACUUCCAUACAAAGGUUCCCACGCCGGUCCAUCCGGAUCGACAGGUUGACCUCCACUACGACGGAGCAUUUCCUGCGACCAAGUUUCUAAAUUCGAGUAGAUGCGUUCCCGUCGUUGAUGCGCGGUGCGUUGGAGAAUGGGAGGGAUUCCGAAGAAAAAUCCGAGAAAAUCAUUGUCCCAUGCGAAGAAAUCUUCGCACCAGUUGGGAUACAUGGCGAGGAGAUGGGAGCCCAUGAGAGCGGUGAUGGAGGCUGUGAACAUUUUGUCGCGGAGCCAGGUGUAGAAGUGUUUUGGCUGUUGUUGAUCUUGUUCAUCUUGUGCUUCUGCUUUCCCCAAAACCUCCUCCAAAACCUCGACAAACUUCCCCGUCAAUUCAUUCACUUUAUCAAAAUUCGUCAUAUACCUCGCAUUCAUCUCCGUCUCCAAAUGUUUCCCCUCAGCCGCAUUUUGGAUCUGAUCAGCAGACAUGCCAAAAACCUUCUGAAACAUAUCUCGUUCAAAAAAAUCUCUAUUGGGAGUUUUCGCUUUGAACAAAGCUUGCACGGGCGCUAAUCCGUAUACGAUGUGGGUUUUUCUUCCUGCCAUGAGAAUUGUCAUGAUGCCGUUGGAGCGCGGAUACCAGCGGAAAAUUUGAUUCCAGUAGCCGCCGGGUGUCAUGUUCAGGAAGGAGAGGGCGUUGCCGAGCCAGGGGAUGGAAUAGGGGAGUUGUGGAGAGGUGACGAUGUUGUUGUUGCUGCGACUGCUGGUGUGGCCAUGUUGGGCGGUUUGGCGGAAUUGUUGGAGGGCGCGGUAGUAGGCGAAUGUGGUCCAGAGACGGGUCAGGGAGCAGAUGAGUG